CCCAGACCCACCGGAGAGCAGGACCAACCCACUGCGCCCCCCUUUGCUUGUUUACAAUGCUUGUUUAUUCUCACUCACUUUUCUUAACUACUUGGCCAGGUCAGGUUCACACUGGUCUGGAGGCUAUCCUGGAACAAGGGCCACAAGGCCGGGUAGGAUAUACCCAAAAGAGGCUGCCAUUCCGCCAUAGGGUAAUCACACUUGUGCACUACUGACAAUUUAGAGCUAACCUGAAACGUAUGCCUUUGAACUGCACCAGGAAACAGCUCACGCCUCAGUGUUACCCCUGUAUAUUUAUUUAGUUGUUUAGCCACUCCUUUGAGCAUAAAUCCUUGCGUUCAGCAUUCUGGAAGCAUGGAAAACACUUGAAAGGUACUGAUAGAAUGCCACAGUACUGUUUCAGGUGUCAGAACAAGACUUUACACCCAUCAAUGAUACAAUGAAUGAAGCUUGGGACACAGCCUAGCAGAGGUGGUGCUGCUGUGCUGUUUGUUUGCUUGUUUGUUUGUUUUUGUUUGUUUCUCCAGCUUGCUGAACUCCACAAACCACAGAGAGAGGGUGUUCUCGGCAUCACCAUGUCCGUGAGCUCUGUAAACCUGCCUGGAUAACAGCAGUCUGUCUAGCCCCAAACCAAGGGACUCACUCUCACUAACACUAACAAACAUAAACACAUCCCGCAUUUCUGCCACUCUGCCUGUCACAGUCUCCGAACUUCUCGAGUAACUGGAAUAGAGAAGAAACGUGUCGUCAACGGCCCCUGGAACGGAGGGACUGAGUCACGAGUGGCGGAGGGACACUUUUCACUGCGCACCGCAGCAGGAAUUGCAGCCGGACAACUUUCGCUGUUGCACCGCAACGUUAUCUCAAAAACAAAACCCACAAUUCAGCGGGCGGGCCGACUUCCUCGAGACUUUACCCUUGUCCUUGCGUUUAGCUUUGAUUUUCAAAUCUUAAGGCAGCGCUUUUCAGUUAAAGAUGGGAGUGCCGAAGUUUUAUCGCUGGAUUUCGGAGCGGUAUCCGUGUCUGAGUGAAGUGGUGAAGGAGUACCAGAUUCCUGAAUUUGACAACCUCUACCUGGAUAUGAAUGGCAUCAUCCAUCAGUGCUCUCACCCCAAUGAUGAAGACGUACACUUCCGCAUUUCUGAGGAGAAGAUCUUUGCAGACAUAUUUCAUUACCUAGAGGUGCUCUUUCGCAUCAUCAAGCCACGCAAGGUGUUCUUCAUGGCGGUAGAUGGCGUGGCUCCUCGGGCAAAGAUGAACCAGCAGCGUGGCAGGCGGUUCCGCUCAGCGAAAGAGGCAGAGGAGAAGAUAAAGAAGGCCCUUGAAAAAGGGGAGGUACUUCCUGUGGAGGCCAGGUUUGAUUCCAACUGCAUCACACCAGGGACAGACUUCAUGGCCCGACUCCAGGAGCAGCUUAAGUACUUUGUCCACAGCAAACUGUCUACUGAUAAGUUGUGGCAGGGCGUUUCUGUCUACCUUUCUGGCCAUGAGACCCCUGGAGAAGGAGAGCACAAAAUCAUGGAGUUCAUUCGCUCUGAGAAUGCCAAGCCAGGUCACGACCCCAACACACGGCACUGUUUAUACGGUUUGGAUGCUGACCUGAUCAUGCUUGGCCUGGUGAGCCAUGAGCCACACUUCUCCCUUCUCAGAGAGGAGGUUCGUUUUGGCGGCAAGAAGUGUCAGAAGCGGAUCACAGCUCCAGAGGAGACUACUUUCCAUCUGCUGCACCUUUCUCUCAUGAGGGAAUACAUAGACUACGAGUUUUCUGAGCUCCGGAAUAAGAUUGGCUUUGAGUACGACUUGGAACGCAUCAUUGAUGACUGGAUCCUUAUGGGCUUCCUGGUGGGAAAUGACUUCAUUCCUCAUCUCCCUCACCUGCACAUCAACCAGGACGCCCUGCCACUGCUCUAUCGCACCUACAUCAGUGUGCUGCCCUCGCUGGGAGGUUACCUGAAUGAAAAUGGAAACCUCAGUCUAACUAACUUUGAGAAGUAUCUGGUGAAGCUUUCUGAGUUUGAUCGAGACCACUUCAGGGAGGUUUUUGUGGACCUCAAGUGGUUUGAGAGCAAGGUGGGCAACAAGUACGUGAACGAAGCGGCUGGCCAGGCAGCUGAGGAGUCUCGCAGGAGGGUCGGCAGGAAGAACAGGGUGCCCAACGAUUCGCUCUCACUUGCUGUGUUGGACCAGGGAAGACAUCCUGAUGGCCUCCCUAACAGAGGUACGACGGUACACCUGUGUGUCUCUGUGUAUCUGUCUUAUUUCUCACUCACAUUGCAGCCCUUUGCUUCCCAUCACACCCCAGAUUGCACUGAGGAUGACUGCGAGGAUGAAGACAUGUUUGAAACAGAGUUCCGCCAGUACAAGCGCUCCUACUACAUGACGAAAAUGGGAGUGGAAGUGGUGUCUGACGACUUCCUUGCCAGUCAGGCGCUCUGCUACGUGGAGGGAAUUCAGUGGAUUUUACAUUAUUACUACCACGGAGUGCAGUCGUGGAGCUGGUUUUACCCAUACCACUACGCCCCCUUCCUGUCCGACAUUCGCAACAUUUCCAGUGCGCAGUUGAGCUUCCAAAAGGGGACACCAUUCUUGCCCUUCCAGCAGCUCCUUGCAGUCCUACCUGCAGCAAGCAAGGAUCUGCUGCCCCAGUGCUACCAGCACCUCAUGACAUCACCAGGCUCCCCCAUCAUUGAGUACUACCCACUGGACUUCAAGACGGACCUCAAUGGCAAGCAGCAGGAGUGGGAGGCCGUCGUGCUCAUCCCCUUCAUCGAUGAGAAACGUCUGCUUGCUGCCAUGGAGCCAUACAAUGAACUCUUGAGUGCUGAGGAAAAGGCCCGCAACCGGCACUCGGAGUGUGCCCUCUAUCGGCACGACAUGCAGCUUGACUUCUGCUACAUGUCGCCACUGUUGGAGCGCUUCCCCCACAUACCGCAUUGCCACGUCAGGCAGACCAUGGUGCCUAUGGACGCGUGGCAGGUUCCCUUGGACCACAGGGUCCACAGUGUGGAUUCAAGCUCCCUUUACUUCUGCGGCUUCCCCACCCUCAGGCACAUUCGACACAAGUUUUAUAAAAGGAAGAGUGGCGUUGUGGUGUUUCAGCAGAGCAGCCGUGGCGAGAACAUGAUGCUGGAGAUCUUAAAUACCCCAGAAGAGGAGCUGCAGUGUGAGCAAGUUGCUGCUCUCACUUUGGGCAGGACUGUCUUUGUGAACUGGCCCCACCUGGAGGAGGCGCGGGUUGUCGCCGUGUCCGAUGGAGAGACGAGGUUCUUUCUGGAGGACCCUCCAGGUCUGCAGAAGGUAUACAUGGGCCGAACGCCACCCCCCACUAGGGUGGUGCACCUCAGCGACAAGGAGCAGAAGGAGUGGCUGAAGGAAGUGCAGUCGCUCACAGAACAUUUCCUAAAGCGCAAGGGCAUUGUCAUUAAUGAGACGGCGGUGCUGCUGUACGCCCAGCUGCUUGCUGGCCGCCGCUACGUCCUCAGCUCCACCGGCCGGGUACACCUGGAGAAGCAGUGGGCGAAGCAGGCCCUGCCCUUUGCCCACCAGACCAUUGUCAAGGACAUCAAGGCCUUCGAGUCGUCCUUCCCUCGCUUCAAAACGUUGGAGGAGCUGUUCCCGCGUGGCACCUUGGUAUUCAUGAUGGGAAACCCGUACUACGGUGCCAUGGGUGAGGUGCAGGAGUCUGGUGAUGUCAUUGGUGAGGGACGGGUUCGAGUCGUCUUCACUAUGCCAUGUGAGCCUCAGCUUGAUGCCUUAAUACAAAACCAGCAUAAGUACUCUGUGAGGUACAGCCCCGGCUAUGUGCUCUCGUCCCGUUUGGGUGUCAGCAGCUACCUCGUGUCCCGCUUCUCCGGCAGCGUCUUCAUCGGGCGCGGUUCCAGGAAGAACCCCCACGGUGAGCAGAAGUCCAACGUGGGCCUUAACCUCAAGUUCAACAAGAAGAAUGAGGAGGUGCCAGGAUAUACUAAAAGGACCGAGAAAGAGUGGCUCUACUCUGCUGCUGUGGAGGAACUGCUUGCUGAAUACCUGGAGAGGUUCCCGGAGGUCUUUGAGUUUGUCUCCAGGAACAGUCAUGAUGAUGUUUUCUAUGAAGACGACAUCUGGCCUGGAGAGGACGAGAACGGGGCUGAGAAAGUUCAAGAGAUCCUGUCGUGGCUGAAGACACACCCUGUGAGCUCGACGUCACGGACGUCCUGUGACCUGCGGAUCCUAGAUAGCGGCAUCGUGGAGAAGAUCGAGGAGGAGCUCGAUAAGACCAAGCUAAGGAAGAGCAGCAAGAAAGUUCGAGUUACCGUGAAGCCACACCUGCUCUUCAGGCCCCUGGAGCAGCAGCAGGGUGUGGUUCCCGACCCAGAUGUGGAAUACCGUCUGUUUGACCGCGUGGUGAAUGUGAGGGAGAGCUUCACCGUGCCUCUUGGUCUGAGGGGAACUGUCAUCGGCAUCAAGGGUGCCGACCGGGAGACAGACGUCCUCUACGAGGUGCUCUUUGAUGAAGAAUUCCCAGGAGGCCUCACCAUCAGGUGUUCCCAGAACCGCGGCUACCGCCUGCCCCCCAGUGCCUUAGUCAACCUGAGCCACGGCAGCCGCCUCGAGUCGGGAUCCCACAAGCUGACAGCCGUGGUGAAGCCCCAGGUGUCGGCUGCUUCCCAUGGCAACAGGGGCCAGCUGGGGGCUCUCAACCACUCGCCGUGCUCACCCUUCGUGCCCACACAGCAGCCCAACGGGAGGCAGGGCUACAGCCUGAAGGCAGAAACCCAGGGCAGCAAACACUCAACCCUCAAGUUCCUUAGUCAGAAGAACUCCGGCAAGGCCGCUGUGAGGGAUGAGGAUUUCGGUCAUGUUUGGCAGUCUCUGCAGGCCUCAGGAACAUCUCCAAAACAGCAAGGACUUCGACAGGGCAGCGCAGGAAAGGGGAUAUGGGGGCAGCAUGAAGGACCACAGGAGCCAGGAAGGAGGGGUAGAGAAGAGGGCAGGAACCACUGCAGGGAGCUGCAGAGUUCACAACCUCAUCACCCACUGGGUUCCACCGGAAACAUUCGAGUGCUGAAGAGGAAUGAAGAUGUCAAGCUCUUUUCUUCCCAGAACCCACCCUAUAAGGUGAACCCUGAAUUUGAGGAGUCCAUCUCCAGCCUGAGCAUCUCCCUGAGGAAGGAGGCUUCUCCCCUGCAGACCCCCAGCAGUGCUGAGGAGCCACUGUCACCUCAGUCCUUUGCUAUGAAGGGAACUCUCCUGCUGAAGGAGAUGUUGAAGAUUGACACUGCCAGCGGUGUUGGCUCUGCCCCCGAAGGUGCUCACCCUGGGGGAAACCCUGUCUCUGCCCAGGCAGGCGUAUCGCAGGGCCGCAGGAGGUCCUCCAAAAAACUGGCUGCCCGCAUCCACAAAGGGUCGGGGGAGGGUGCUGCUCAGCCCUACAGUGCAGGCAGUGCAGCGGAGCUCACGCGUGUGUGUCUCAGCCUUGGAAUGGGGUCCCCGGAGUUCACCUUCCUCCGUAACCCCCAGGGCCUCACCGUGUGCCAGGUGAAGGUUCCCAGCGGUCUGCUGGUCCAUGGGCCGCAGUGCCAAUCUGACAGUGAAGCUAAGGAGAAGGCGGCUUUAUUCACCCUGCAGCGUCUUAGUUCUAUUGGUUCCUCGCUCCAUCUCACCCCGCCGCUGUUCUCCACCAUCCCAGCUCCUCUUCCUGCUGUGUACGGUCAGCCCACAGGGGGCCUCCUUGUGCAGCCGCUGAGCUGGGGAGCCUGCCUGCCACCCCAGACACAGCCCUUCUACCCAGGUGCCUUUCCGGGGGCACGGUCACCUGCCCCCACGUUGCCCAUUGGCUCCCACAACCAGUUUGUUCCCAUGCAGGUGACAAAAAAGCGGGUCUCCGGUCGAAAGUUCCAAGAGCCCAGAGACUUGAAUAGCUCCAGCCACUCAGGCGGGAACCCACCUCCCCAUCCUGCCCAGCCUGAUGUAGGCACUGCUUCGGCCUCAAACCAAACACCCGAUUCCACGGACAACCUGCGGAAAGACCCGCCCAUGCGGCCAAAACCAGGAGCCCACACUCCCGGCUUCACCUCCAGGAGGAAACCCAGGAAACUGGCAGCGAAUUUUGAGUCUGCAAAAGUGUCUGAAUGACCCCCGUCCCCCUCAGUGGGGUCAUGUUCACUUUGAACACGGUAUUCCACUCAUGUGCAAGCCUGAUCUCUGUUUCGGCCUCUUGUCUGGCCUUCUGCUCAUCAUUACGUUCACCACGCUGUCACCCUGGGGGGUCAAGUGCCAAUUUUUUUUUUUUUAAUCCCCCCAUUCGCCCUCACAGUGAUCACUUCCUUCUUGUUUUCUUGCAGCUAAAUGAAAUCACCAUUUUCUAUCCAUGUGUUUUAGGGAGAGAGACAUUUUCUAACGUUUUUAUGAGUCUGUGUGCUGCCUUUGCUGUGAUGGAUGGGGUGUCUGACCAGGUGUCCAACCCCCCCCCCCCCCCGAGUCUAGAAGCGUGAUGUCUCAGCUCGGCCUUUAGCCCUUUUCACUUUGUUCUCUAGCUCUCUGUCCCCACAGGGAUGUCAAAAUAUUACUGACACUUGUGACUUCAGUUGAAAUUGUCUAAAGUUCCAUAAUUUUAUAUCAUAAAAAAGUAAAGAUUUUAAGUGAUUUCAGCACACACAGGCAGUGUUUUUACUACGGUAAGUACAAUCACUUGUACAGUCUGCUGUGCACAGACACUAUGAUUUAUGGAAUUAAUUUGUAGCCUGUACUAUUUCUGAUACACUGUACAGUUGACUGAAGAAAUUUACUUUUAGAUAUUUUUACUAUGCUAUUUUAAUGUUUGGAGAAGGUUUGCUUGUCUUCAGCGGCUCCUGUGAAAUGCUGCAGAAAACUGUGAAAGAGUCAUUUUUAUUCCUGCGAUUCCUGAUUAAUAAAUAUUCUCUUUCCACCUCCACCGACUUCCACAAAUAAGUGCAGGACUGUCUGAA